AUCGACGUCGUCACGGCGUGUUUCCCACCAAUUUGUCCCACUCUCACUUCGUCCACCAUCUCGACUGCAUAUAGCUCCAACACCUCUUCCACAAUCCAUACAUUCCAGAUUCGUUUGCCUCCCGUGAUUCGCCAUGUCUGCCGAUACCGCACCUACGCACUCCACCGGACAGUCUCCUGUCGUGCCACCCGCAGACCUCCGCCAUGUGACGUCUGCGUCAGCCCUUGCUAUCGACGGGGGACGGAGGAUCUCCCAGCACCUCCAGCCGACACCGAGGAAAGGCUCUCGCUCGCCCUCAUCCAUUCCCUCCAGCCCUACAUCUGUGCAUUCGUCCUCAUCGGCCAUAUUUGAGCGGGACAUCGAGCCCGCCCACCUCUCCCUUUCGCCGUCGCUCUCAGCCAAGAAAGACCCCCAUCGGAUGCCCCGCUCCAAAAACACGGAAACGAUCGAACAAUCUGUGCCCUCUGUGCUCGAUAGCGCAGCGUCGAUCCUCACUUCCAUCGUAUCGACGGAGGAAGGCGACUCGAUCGCCGUCGUCGCUCCAGCCCCCCUUCCUGCCGGCGGUCUUUUCGACCAGAAUACUCUGGGCCGUCGGACAAGCGGUUUCAUAUCUCCGAUCGGAUCGAGGUCGCGCAGUCCGAGCCCUAGUCUGAACGCGGGCAACGCGACUUCCCUACUACUGAGCAUCCCUCCGUCUUCCUCGCCGCCGGCUGCGACCAGUUCUCCGACGUCAUCCUCCCCACCGAAUUCCGCUCCUCCGACCGCGAGGCAGUUUUCCGAUCCGGCGGAGGGUGUGCUGGGAGCGACGAGACAGGCCCAGGCGAGCAAGCGGCUGUCGUUUGUGUCCUACACGGACCUACUCUCGUCCGUGCCGACUUCGACGCAGCCGCUCUCGGCGCUGACCUCGCCCUCCAACUUGCCGCAGCACAUCUCCGGCGUGUCCCUCGCGUCUGCGCCGGAGACGCUCGCGGGCUCCGCGCACGGAGGGAGCGGGGCCCCGUCGCUGCGGAAUUUCGUGUUCGGUGUGGACGAGGACCGCACGAUUGAUGAUGUCGGUGGGGAGUGGGAGCGGCAGGGGCUCGGCAAGGGUCUGGAGGAGCGGCUGGAGGCGCUGCAGAGUCUGGGAAUGGCGUGAAACAGUGAAUUUGUAUUUUUACCAUGCCUCUAUGUGGCCUGCUCUCAUGAUAAUGUCUGUCCCAUGCGGCUGUCUACUACUAUGAUCUCUCUACUUGCUAUCUUACUUACCCGUAACGAACAAUCAAGGCCUUCUCUCCUCGCUACUAAGUACGAUGUCAUAGAGAAAUCGUGCAAUCUGCAAUCCGGCUGUCAGUGCGUAGACUUGGACCAGUCUCCAGUAACAUCAGUGCAAUAGCCCCAAAAGGAAACGCAAUCAUCCUCCCCGUUGCCCUGGACCAGACAUGGGUCUAGUCCCACUGGCAUCCCCGCUAUAGAGGAUCUUUCACAUAUGUACACACACACAGCAAAGAUUGAUCUCAUCCUAUGCGCAACAAUCUUCGAGUCACUAAUCCUCGCGCCUCCGAAAAUAUGCCUGACUCACCCCAUUGCCUUAUCGAACGUCGAGCACGAUCCAUGUAAUCUUCAGCUAUAAAUCUGUCUAUGCAUCCGAAAGCGGAAUCGCACCGCCCGAGCUUCAUCUGAACACUGAUACAUGGCCGCCCCCGCACUGAACAUCGCACACUUGCAGACGCUGCUGGAUGACUGGGAUAAGGAGCAACCGCAGCCGCAGACACACGCCGCGUUCGGUGUACCCCUGGAGCAAGUUCGGUGCGCGCCGCGGGACGCGCUGAAGGACGUCGUGGUCGCGUUCCGCACGCGUCCGCCGCUGCCAAACGAGGCUGCCGAGAAGUUCCGCGCCGAAAGCGAGUUCUGUAGGGGCAUCACUGCGGCGGGCGCGCAGCCGGGCGUGUUUGUCGCGCACGUUCCGAGCACGAAGUGGAAUGGCGUGACGCUCUCGCAUAAGACGUACAACGCUGAUCUGGCGUUCGGUUCCGCAGUCGACAACGAGGAGGUGUAUCAGCGGGCGGUUGUGGCCAACGACGUCCUGUCCAUGGCCCUUUCCGGCGGUGUCGGUUGUGUACUUGCUUAUGGGCAGACUGGGAGCGGCAAGACGCAUACGAUGGAAGGCCUGGAGCACAGGAUCGCGAGAGACCUCUUUGAGGAAGCGCGUGUUCUCGGGAAGCGGCUGGCUGAGGCGCAUGCUGGAGAGGUCCCGGACGAGAUCUUCGAGUUUCGCGUCACCUUCCUGGAGCUUCUGGGCAAGCGAGCGAGUGAUUUGCUUGAAGUGACGACCGAGGACGAGAAUGCCGUCAGAAGUGAGGUUGCAGUGCGGGAAGAUACUGUGGGAAAUGUCAGACCAGCGUUGGUUUCGACCGCCGUGGGUUCUUCAGAGGAACUGGAGAAUCUCAUCAACAAGGCGCUCUCACAUCGACGAACCAGUGCGACUCUGCGCAACGCUAAGAGCAGUCGGAGUCACGCCGUCCUGACCAUUUCGAUCAAGAACGUGUUACUCCCUUUUAGCGCUGAGGGUCAGCUCAUCCUGGUCGACCUCGCGGGAAGCGAACGUUACGAAGAUUCCAAAGAACACGAUAAGCAGCGGAUGAAUGAAGUGCGGGAGAAUAACUCCAGUUUGAUGAAUCUCAAAGAGUGUGUGCGAGCCAAAGCUCGCAUGUCAGCCGACGAAGGAUUUGUGCAUGUUCCCUGGCGCACGAACAAGCUGACCAUGUUGCUCAAGCCCAUUUUCGAUAUUGAAUCGCGACAGCCAUCGAGAGCGAUUAUCAUUGCUCAUGUCUCGCCUCAUAUUCAGGACAGCAUUCAUUCCACCAACACACUAUCCUACGCUGCACCCUUCAUGACAGCCUUACCCAAGGCCAAAGGGCCUGCGCCAUACGACGUGUCGGAUCCCAGAACAUGGGAUCACGAACAAACCGUCACGUGGCUGACCAGGCAGUUUGCGAAACCCGCACUUGCCAGUCGUCUUGCCACAUGGAAAGUCAAGGAGAAAGCAGCGAUACUAGCUGGUAAGAAACUGAAGCCACUCGAGCCACUGGCUUCAGAAGAUGUAGACAUCGGCGUGGAUGUUCUCCAGAUCUGUCCAGUGGGAUCGACCGCGAACAAUGUCGGGGCCUUGUAUGCCGCAGAAUUUGUUGAACGGUGCCUCCAGGCUCGGACGCGCCCAACCGUGGGUGGGGGUCAGGCUGCCUUUUCCAAGAUGGCCAUCGAGGUCUCUGGAGAGCUGUCGUACCUUUUCAUGAAAGCCAAGACGAGGACUCGUAAUGAGCUCAUGAAGACCCGAAAGACUUGGAAUGCAAAGGAAAUUUACAGUUGAACCUGAUAUGAAACGGGGACGUACUCGCUUAGUUCCAUGUAAGUAGUAUGAAAAUUAGAAUCUUUCGGAAUAAACCAAUGCAGAAAUCUCGUUGUGCGGGUACGAUGCAGGUCCCUUGUUCAUUGUUCAUGCUCUGCGAUAUCACCAUGAAUUUCAUCCAGGUUCUGACGGUCGCAUGGACGUCGUUCUUUUCAAAGACACGGAGACUCUCUGCGUAUUUGCACAUUCAACUCAACGGUGAUCAUUAUCGUUCACCCUUCGGCCUGAAGCAGCAGUUCAUGGUUCAUGGAUAUGUGAACACUGUAAAACUACAGUAUAAAUUAGCUAUCUAUGCCUUACUUGCGGAUGUCACUGCAGUGAAGCUAUGGCUCCGCUAAUAGUAACAAGACAAGGAUGACGCGAAAUGUUUUCUUCACACAAUAGAAGACAUUACAGUCGGCGCCAUCAGUCAGCGCAAUCUGGUUGAUAUGAGUCAGGUCACGUGGUCAACGACGGGAAAUGACAGUUCAAAGCCU